AUUUGGAUUUUCUCACGAGGGAAAUUGAAGUUAUCACACAACUUCGAAUCGAUCAUAACAUUGAUUAUAAACGUCAUGAUCUCUGUCUUGCUUCUUUUGUUGUUGCAGAUUUGGUGGUCGAGAAUCCAUUUCAUUUACGAAGAUUCAAACUUUGCGUUCUGGGUCCCGUCUAUUCAGCACGAGAGUUCAAUUCUGCCAUUUGGGCUCUUGACUUCUAGAUCACGCCAAUGGAAUAUCUACUUUUGAAGAAGAAGCUUAAAAACCCAUGAACGCUGAACACAGUAGAAUAUCAUCACAAACCCAUCAGAAGAGGAACCAGAGAACUCUGUUUCUGUCCGAAAUGCCGAAGCUUGUGAUAAAAUCAGGAAGCAGGCCUCCGUGGGUGGGCUUAGCAGCUGCGGUGUGGCUCGAAAUCUCCGCGGGGAACGGCUCCAACUUCCCGCUUUAUUCCAACGCUCUGAAAUCCGUUUUGGGUUACAAUCAGCGUCAGCUCACGUUGUUGGGUGUCGCCAAUGAUGUGGGAGAGAGUGUCGGCUUACUUCCCGGUUACGCCUGCAACAAGUUCCCGCCAUGGAAGGUGCUUCUUGUCGGAGCUUGUGCUUGUUUUUUAGGCUAUGGAGUGAUCUGGCUUACGGUUACAGAAAUUGUUCGUGGUCUGCCCUUUUGGUUGCUAUGGAUUGUGCUUAUUAUUGCCACGAACAGCAAUGCGUGGUUUGGCACAGCUGUCCUGGUGACGAACAUGAAGAACUUCCCUCUUAGUAGAGGAACUGUUGCCGGAAUUCUCAAAGGGUACGCUGGAAUUGCCGCUGCUGUUUACACUGUUAUAUAUGACGUCUUAUUGAACAAAUCCCCUCCAAAGCUGUUGCUUUUCCUCGCUCUUGGCAUCCCGGUUAUUUGUUUCGCCAUGAUGUACUUCAUCCGUCCAUGUACUCCUGCUUCUGGGGAAGACUCUUCAGAGCACGUGCAUUUCGUUUUUGCUCAAGCCAUGAGUAUCUUGGUAGCGGUCCUUGUCCUGGCGAUAACUUUACUUGGUAAUUUCAUCUCAUUGAGCGGUACGGUCUUGUAUACACUGGUUGCCAUAAUGGUUGUUCUAUUGGCUUCUCCUCUUGCAAUUCCAAUCAAGAUGACGCUUUUACGGAAAAAGCCCAAGAGAGUUAACCCUCCUCCUCCAGCUGAUCCCUCGAAAGAUUCAUGUCAAGCUGAGGAGGAUGACACAGAACAGACCUACCCAUUGCUGAAACCAUCGUCUUCAUCAGCCUCGUUUCUUGGAACUUUCAUUGAAAUGGAUGAUACUUCGGAUGUGGAGACACUUCUGGCGGAGGGAGAAGGGGCAGUGGAGGAAAAGAGAAGACCGAGGAGAGGGGAAGAUUUUAAACUGGGAGAAGCCUUUGUCAAGGCCGAUUUCUGGCUUCUCUGGUUCCUUUACUUCCUCGGGGUCGGCCCAGGUGUUACUGUUCUGAACAACUUGGCUCAGAUUGGGAUUGCUUUGGGCGUUGAUGACACAACAAUCCUCUUGUGCCUCUUCAGUUUCUUCAACUUUGCUGGUCGGCUUGGCUCGGGAGCCAUCUCUGAACAUUUUGUCAGGUCAAGAGCAAUGCCAAGAACCGUGUGGAUGACGGUCGCUCAAAUUGCGAUGGUAAUAGCUUUCCUUCUCUACGCUGUUUCCCUGACAGGCAGUCUCUAUCCAGCGACCGCUCUUCUCGGGACAUGUUACGGAUUUCAAUACUCUCUGAUGGUUCCUACUGCCUCGGAACUCUUUGGACUGAAGCAUUUCGGCUUAAUCUAUAACUUUGUGCUGCUCGGAAACCCCAUCGGGGCGUUUCUCUUCUCGAGCCUUCUGGCUGGGCAUUUGUACGACGCAGAAGCUUCGAGACAGGGAAAUUCGACGUGUUACGGGCCGGAAUGUUUCAGGGUGACGUUCUUGAUGCUGGCGGGAGUUUCUGCCAUGGGGGCGAUGCUAGGAGUGAUUCUGACUGUAAGAAUAAGACCGGUGUAUCGGUCUCUCUAUGCAUCUGGUUCUUUCCGGUUGCCUUAAAACUCUGUGACCAAUUGAUGCUUUGUAGUUAUGAGCUUGUGCCGUUUGUGUGUGUUUUACAUCAAGCGAUCACAUCUUCGUUUUUACUGUUU